GAGCUAGAUAUUAGUCAGGCGAAGACCGGGAGCGGCACAUUCCGGAAGAAACACCGACUGAAAACAUGGGUGACUUAUCAGAAGACCAGCUCAUCGAUUACAAAGAUGCUUUUAACCUCUUUGACAAGACUGGAGAUGGUAAAAUCUUCUAUUUUCAGUGCGGGGAUGUCUUACGAGCUUUGGGACAAAACCCAACAAAUGCAGAAGUCACAAAAGUUUUGAGAAACCCAAAGUUGGAUGAGAUGAACACCAAGAUGCUUGACUUUGAGCAGUUCCUUCCCAUGUUGCAAACAAUCGCUAAAAACAAGGACCAGUGCACAAUUGAGGACUUCAUUGAGGGUCUGAAAGUGUUUGACAAGGAAGCCAACGGAUGUGUAAUGGGGGCUGAACUUCGCCAUGUUCUAAUUACUCUAGGAGAAAAGAUGCAAGAGGACGAGGUGGAAAGUCUUUUGCUUGGGCAUGAAAAUCCUAAUGGUGAAAUUAAUUAUGAAGAACUGGUCCGGAUGGUAAUGUUGGGCUGAUUCUUCUCUGCUAUAGACAACCAGCAUCCAAAAGGGGCAACUCUUUGUAUUAAUGUUCCUGUCUGUCUUAUUUUCCUUGGAGGGGAGGUUGAGCUUACUAGUGGUGGACAUUUUUGUUUUCCUCCACUGGUCUGUCUCGGUGGAGCAGUUUUUAUUUCCUCCAAUUCAUCAUGGGAGUUUUUGCUCUUGGAGACAAGCGAUUUUACAACCUCAUCGAUGCUCCCACAUGUGACCCACUGCAAAAGGAAUCUGGAGUUUAAAAGCUAUUGUACCAUGCAGAUAAUAAAUAAAUUAUUUCUAUUUUUCCUUUUCGCCAAUAAACUGCAUGCCUUUUUUUCAAAA